AUGACAUACCACCGGCCCGGUACGCCUUAUGCGUUGCUUGAAGCAAAGCUGAUCGACCAUAUGACCCCAAAGGUGUAUGAGGGUAUUAUGGAGCUCUGGAAAUACUCGAUCAAGCACUCGACGACACCUCUGCAGCGCUUCCAGAAUGCAAUGACGCUGAUCCCGCAGUGGACGAACGAGGCGAUCGAUAAGGAAACGCACCGCAUCUCCAGCACCGCCCGCUUUUCCCUGGGUGGUAUGCUGGACCACAUCCUCUCUGGGUAUCUGACGGAUCUGACGUUAACGUCGACUUCUUCCCCGCAUGAAAAGGUCAAGUCGAACAAGGAUCUGCUGAAGGACUUUGUGCACCACGCAUACAUCGAGUGUGGCAGGCAUUUCCACGGCUGCCCGACGGCAGUCGACCACCUGGCAUCUGCCCCGCAUUCGCUGGACGACAAGAUCCGCAGGUACAACAGCUGCGAGGAGAUCAUCCGGAAGGCACUGCGAUCGACCUUGAUUAACAUGAUCCCAUUCGAGGACGUCCUUAUCGAGCUGAACAAUAUGCCCCCGCAGCCGCUCUUUGCCGCACCGCCUGCACCCGCCCAGCCAGCACACUCGGCAUCCGAGAUGUCAUCGGUCGACAGCGCAUCGAUCAAGACGCUGACGGAUCGCUUAGAGAGACUCGAGCUGCUGCUGAUGAAGCAAGCAUUGCAGCAGCAACCGCAUUCGCCGCGCAUCCAGUUCCCAGCGACCAAGUCGCCGCCCACGGAAACGGAGGACGAUGCGUCGGUCGCCCGCAUUGAAGUCGAGCAUGAGGAUGAGGGUGAACCCGAACCCGAGCAUGAGCCUGCGCCUGCGCCGGUGCCAAAUGUCGAAGACGCGCCACCCGCUUGUGACGACCAGGUACCAGAGCUGCCGGUGGCCGACGAUCUCGUUCAACCCCUGACGCAACCCGGAACCGUCGUUCCCGAGAUCAAGUUUGUGCAAGUAUCCAACCCCGCAUUUCGCAUCGGCCCUCCAUCAUCUGUGGCCGGAGCGGACAACAGCGUCGACAGGACGUUGGGAUUCAAUACAGUGCCCACACUGGCUUUCUUCAACUCGGUCCAAAUGGCUCUUCAAUCCUCCACCGGUCUCUGGAUUGUCAUCUUUGUCUUGAUCGCUCUGGUCAUCCACAUGCACCUGCGCCUGAUGGAGCUCGAAAGCGGUGCCCCCAGUCGUCACGGUUAUGGCAGCCGCAAGACCAGCAACGGUCGCAAGCAGUGGUGGCACAACGGAAUCAAGCGUGUGGGUGGGCUUUGGGAAUAUCUCGCCGACACCCCGACGGCCGCAUCGGCUCCCACCACUACCACCAGCACCAGCGCAAAUGCAUCGGCCACGCCGUCGACGGCGCAGAACACGACUAUGUCGUCGACUUCAAUGUCGUCGUCUAUUGUGAACCCGGACGACAUCGCCAUACCCAGCGACCCCACCACAGGCGCCAGCGCGGCCAUCACCGGACCGCUCGCUCCCUACGAUUACGAGGAGGGGCACACAAUGGAGUGUCCACGCACCAUCAACUUCAACGGCCACACCAUCCACAUCCGCAUCUGGCAAGACGCCGACUGCAAGGAGCUCCAUCUCAACUCACGCGAUUGCCUUCGUAUCCUCUACCCGGCAACACCCCGAGUAUUCCACAACCUCAACGCCAAGUGCAAACGCCUCACUGGCAUCGAUCACCCGAGAUAUGCGAUAGUCAAGGGCAACAUUCGAUACCUCAAUAUCCACCAGCUCGAAGAACUGGUGGCGAUCCUCAAGGUCGAGCUGUGGAGGAUGAUGCAGUCAUCAUGA